UAAACUUAAUCUUCAAUCGCAAUGUAUUGUUAAAUUUGAAGAGAAGUUUUUUAAACCUAUUUAUGAAUUUCUUAUUAGUUAUGAUACAAUACCACGAAUUUAUAAUUCAGAUGAUAUUUUAACUCUUCCACCUCUUCCACCUGAUAAUGAUGCUCAUGAAAUGCUUGAUCAA